CUGAACAAUGUCUGGCUAGUUUGGUGUGAUCAAGGUUGGCUGCGGAAGGGAACAAUAACGUAACAAAAUUAAACACACAAUCAGCUGAGAACAGACUGUCGUCAUCAACAUGCUUUUAGUUUUGGGUCCAGGAGUACAGGCUGUUUCUUUGUUAUCCUGGGCCGGUUCGGAUAUGGAUGGGAAAUUGUCCAUAUUUUUGUUGUUGUGAUUGUACCCAAAGUGAACACAACAUCUCGGAUUCGAGUAGACUGAUUUAAGUUGAGGUCUCCAGGGUGCUUCCUCGGUAGGCAUCAUGGGUAGCACAUCCUCCAAGUUCCGCAAAGCGCUACAAGUCGGGGACGAGAAAGUCGCAGAGGAGCUGUACCACGGGAGUGUGGAGUUCCAGAAAGCGUUUGAUCCAAACUCCUCCUACGGGGAGAAUUACGAUCACAACACACCGCUUCAUUAUGCAAGUAGAUAUGGAAUGCAUCGGCUAGUCAGGAUUUUUAUACAGAGGCACAAUGCGAACCCCAACAAACGCAACGGUGGCAACCAGACUGCCCUGCACUGUAUAUGCAUGGCGGAACAGAUCCGAGCACCUUCCUCUACCUAUAGCUAUUCACAAUACUACUAUUCACAACCGCCGGAGAAGAAACGACUCGAAUGCGCAAGAAUCGUCCUCGGAUGGAAAGGUAUCGCGUUGGGUCCGGGGGAACGAGAACAGAUUCACAUCGAUGCAGAAGACGAGGAUGGGAAUACAGCCUUGCACUAUUCAGCACAGUCUGGUUACCUGUCUAUAGUAGAGAUGUUACUUGAGCAUGCAGCGUCCAUGUUUGUGGAGAACAUGGAUAAAGAUACACCAUGCGACUGUGCGGAGAGGCACCAGCAUGUUGACAUCGCUCAGCUGCUGGAAUCCAAAAUGGUCUUCUCUCCGAACAAAGAAGAAGAAGAGGCUUCUGAAGAAGUUGGUGCAAUUCAAUAUGAAGAGACGUACUCUGGUCUAAGGUUACAGGAGCUUCAAGAAGCUAAGGAUCUGGUGGUCGUAGAGACAGCGGAUAUGCUGAGAGUUCCUCUAUUCACAGCAGAGGCGCUACUAAGAAACUAUGAGUGGUCGAGGGAAGCAUUAUUAGAAUCCUGGAUUCAGAAUCCAACAGAAUGUUGUGAGAAGUGUGGCGUUAAACCUCCAGAGAACCUCGACAGCUUCGCUGAGGAACAUAAACUAACUUCACUAGUACCUAAACAGAUCACACCUCAAGAAGAGCAGAUUGUGUGUGAUAUAUGCACAUCUACUGUAUCAGUAGAGGAAAUCAGUAGUGAUACUCCAUGUGAUCAUCAAUUCUGUAGAGAGUGCUGGGAAAGAUAUUUGAGUGGUAAAAUAAAGGAGGGAAAUGCCCACAAUAUAGUGUGUCCAGCGUAUGACUGUGACCGGCUGGUACCCGCUGAGGCUAUAGAGAGACUGGUAUCCUGCGAGAUGGCUCGCCGGUACCUGCAGUUCGACAUCAAUGCAUUUGUGGAGAGUAAUCCAAAGUUAAAGUGGUGCCCAGUUGCAGGCUGCGGUCGGGCAGUGCAGAUGCCUCAAGUAGAGUCUCCCACAACAAGUAGUAAUAGACCUAGUGGGGCUAGUAGCCCCUCAUCCCCACCCUCUAUAUCACAUGCUGUGGACUGUGGUCAGGGUCAUAUCUUCUGUUGGGAUUGCAGCGGUGAUGCCCACGAGCCGUGUAGCUGUGAGAAUUGGAAGAAAUGGCUGGACAAGAUUGCUGAGAUCAAACCUGAAGAAUUGGCCAGCACUGAUACAGAAACUGAGGUUGCCGCUAACUGUCUAUGGCUGGUAACCAACUCCAAGCCCUGCCCGAAGUGUAUGGCUCCAAUUCAGAAGAAUGAUGGGUGCAAUCACAUGAAAUGUACAAAGUGCAAACAUGACUUCUGCUGGGUAUGCCAAGAAGCUUGGAGCAAGCACAGCUCCGAGACGGGAGGAUACUUCAGAUGUAAUCGGUUUGAGGUCGUCACCAAAGUGGAAGAGAAAGCAGAGAAUCUUCUAACGGACGCGGAGAAGAAGCACAGAGACAUGCAGGAGCUGAAUCGAUUCAUUCAUUUCUACACUCGGUUCAAGAAUCACGGACACAGCCACAGUCUAGAAGAACCUUUACUCCGGAAGGCACCCAUUAAAAUGAGGAAGCUUGCAUCCCGGUCUGGGCCUACAGGUUCGGAGUCCACCAAGUUUAUUGAGGAGUCUAUUCUUGAGCUGCUUGGAGCUCGGCGGAUUCUUAGAUUCUCCUAUCCCUAUGGAUACUACCUCCAGGAUAGGGGCGGAAGCAAACAGAUAUUUGAAUUCAUGCAGAAUGAGCUUGAGGAGGCCACAGAAACUCUCUCCCAGAUGGUGGCUCGUCACUACCUCCGCACCCCGCGCCAUAAAAUAGUCCAAGCUGCUCAGCUGGUGCUACGUAAGCGUCAUGAGUUCCUCUCUGCCGUCAGUAAAGGUCUUCUACCCCCGGACACGCCCCCUCGGCCCCCGCGACGGCCAUCAAACCACCACCAGUCAAGCUGGGAUAGUGACUCGGAUGAAGAGGAUGAAGCUUUACGGCAGGCCAUCGAAGCAUCUUUAGAGGAUGCUUUAGCUCAGGCUGAAUCUACCACUGAGCAGCAAGAAACUCCGCUGUCAUUCCUAGACCUACACCUUAAACCUCGCAGUAAGAGGCACCAGUCUGGCAACAGAGAUCCAGGGAGCAUGACAGAGGGACUUCUACGAGCUCUGGAGAUGUCACAGCUUCUUCUGAUGCAGCAGACAGAGCAGCUGCAACCUCAUGAUGCUAACACUAGCACGACAACAACCACCAGCAGCAGUACAAGCAACAGCAGCACGGCGUUGGCGUCUAGCAGCAGCGGAUCAUCUGCAGGGCCAAGUGGUGGCUCUUCUACCCAGGUGACUAGCAGUAAGAAGCUUCAUGUUGGAGAGCAAAGUAAACGAGGCCAUUCAACUCAAUCUGGUGAUGGUGAUAUAUUGACUACGUACGAUGACGACUUUCGAAAGGCCAUUCAUUUGUCACUUCAAGAAUUGGAAUCCAGUGGAGAAACUGAGGCAAGCCCAAGUAGCUCUCAGUCCAGAAGGAUGAAGAACGACCCCUCAGUGUCCUCUAAGAGUGCCUCCAGUAAGAACCGUCGCAAGAAGCUCAUCUCUGCCCGGGACGCCAAGGGUUACCCUCGAAGCUAUAAGACAGGUUCCUCAAGCAGGACAUCCACAUCAGGUGGUGACUUACCGACAGGAGGAUUGCUGGAUCUUUCGCAAGAGCUGGAAUCGGAGUUUGAGCGUAUCAAGCGGGAGACGCUGUCGCCAGAUGAGGAUCUCCAGGCCGGGGAGGAGGAGGCGGUGAAGACUCCCUGGGAGAGGAGGAUCGACGAGAAGAAGAGAACCCUGCCAAAGACGCUUUUAUUACAGUAUCCGUAUAAAACUUCCAUGUCGAGUGCCAAGAGGAACUCUGGGUCUCAGCCCAACAGGAAUCCCCUCUUCUCAACCAACGUUGGGAGGAUUCCACAUGAAUCACAGUGUACCUCUAAGAAGGAAGGCAGUGCGAUAUCGUUGGAUAGCGGAGAUGCCGUUAGGGCUGUCAGGGCUUCAAGUGACCCGUAUGCCCCAGCUAUUAAGAGUAUUCUCACUCACCUGGAAUCUCAAAGAGCUCUAUCAGCGGAGCAUGUUAGUAAAGAGAAAUCACAGCUGUCCACAUCAAAGACUUCUGUCAGUUCCUCUAGCUCCGCUUCUCCUCUUGUCGAUAAAUCUCUUGGUGUGAGAGGAGGCCUAGAUGCCAAAAAGUCAUACGGUAAGUUGACGGCGGUUGGUGCUUCUAAACCAGUAUGGCUAGAAGGCCCCCUGCUUGCAAAGUCCAAAACAAAAAAGGUUUUAGAUGAGACAUCAAAGCUUUCUGUAAGAAGCACCUCACCCAAAAAAGCCAGCAACACCACAAGUACUGGAAAGUCUAGCUUGAAUAUAGAACUGUACAUGUCGAGGAAGGCUACGCCAGAAGAAGAACUGAAGCGAGAACGAGCGGCAAGUAACUCGCUGUUCGUUAAAACGGACUUCGGAACUCCAAAAGUGGAAGUCUCCCCUGCUGACGGUUCAGACACAGAGUGCGCUGUUGGGGUCUCUGUUGAAGAACGGUCGGACACCGGGAAAGUGGGUGCUUCUGUUAUGAAAGGUUCUCUCGCGAAAAAAUCUGACAUUUUGCAAUCUGAUUCCGCAGUCCAUAUAAGAUAUGAACCAGGACAAACAAAAACCAAACUGACCCUAACGGAACCCUUGUCCAUAGAGGAACCUUCUCUCCUUGAGGGAAAUAUAAAGGAAACCUCAGAGAAUAAUAAGCUUGAUUUGCCUGUUUCCAGUGGGCAGGACUCAGAAUCUCAAGAAUGUGAUCCAAAGCCCAUUGAAAAAACUGAUGGAAACAAAACCCAGCUGGAGGAUCUUGAGGGUGUAUCAUCGACAAGGCAGAAAGCUCCCUCGAAGGACGUUCCCAAAAUAGCUACAAGAGAGUCGCCAUGGGUACUGUCGCUAGGUCAAAACCUGGAAACAGAAAACAAAUCAAGCUGUGAGAGUCGUGAGGAGGAUAAACACAGCUCGGUAGCCUCAGGGGACAAACCAGUUUGGGAACGGCAGGAAACAAGAAACCAUUCCACACCUGCGUCUUCUGUGACGGCUGCAACCAUUACUGGAAGUGGUGAUGCAAGCAGUAGUGCUUCAUCAGCAACCGCUGGUGCCAACGAUGAUAAAUCACCUUCAUUAGCAGAAUCCCCAGUUUCUAGACAGGUGUCCACAGAUGUCCAUAAACCGGAUUCAGCUGGCUGUAGCGAAGUUAAACUGGCCAGAACCGGAUCUGCUGGUACCGAGGCAGGUGGUUCUGGAGACAAUGGGAAGUUGGAGGGUGACGGUGAGGACAGUGAAACAAAGGUGUGGCAAAUGUUUAUAUAGAACACUGUUUAUAAUGCUAGGCCUCGUUCUGAAGAGAAUCCUCUGUUUAGGGUCCAAUUUCAUAGAGCUGCUGACCAAAUUUGGUUGGAAUAAAGACAAAUUUACUAAGCGGGGUUUAAACCUGGGACCUCGGUUGUAAUGUGCUGGCGCUCUACCAACUGAGCUAUCAACCCCUAUCCACCCCAUCCCGAACUCAAUUUCUUUGUUCAUACAUGCAUCAAAUAUUGCUUGGCAAGUUUACCUGUUGAGCAUAUAAAAUUGGCUGGCAACCAACUCCUAAUGGUACACUUCAGUGGCAUUUUGCUCAGUGACCAGUUUGUGCUGAGCAUAAUUUUUAACAAGCUAAGCAAGUUUGUAAUCUCAGCAGCUCCAUGAAAUUUGACCCCUUCUCGUUCCAAGCUUUGUACUUCACUCAAUAUUUAAGCAGAAAGCCAGUCACUCUCAAUGUAAUCUAACACACACUGUCGGUUGGUUAAAAUGUGCACAAUUCUAAGUUGCCUAGCAGAGCGGCAGAUCUGCUUAGCAAAAGUAUGCAUGCUCAGCGACUUUCGAUGCAGUUCAAAUGUUACACAGAACCCAGUGGAAGACGGUGCAUUUAGAACAUCGCAGAGAUACAAUGAAAAUCCAGUUUUCAGGUGGUUUUUUUGUAAAUGAAUUAUUGUCCCCUUCAGUAUUUGGUCAAUGCAGAUGGAUGUAUUUUUAAAAAACGUUUCUUAAAACUACAAGUUUUUCCUUUUUUCAGUUAUUGAUUACAACUAUAAUUAAUGAGCAAUGAAAUAAAACUAAUCAAUUUAUCAUUAUUAAGCUUUUUAUGCAAAAAAUGGCACACAACUUAAUGAGACUUGGAUUAGUCUCAAAUUUUAUUCAAGAACUGAUGUAAAAAAUUAUUAACGAUUGGGAAUGAAAAAAUCCCUGAAAUUAAAUUGUUGUGAUACCCACUUUUAAUGAAUUGUUGGGAUGCUGGAAGACAUGCUAACAAAUCUUACUGUGAAAUAAGUAGUAUAAUUGGUGUCUUGUUCAUAUCAGUCUUCAAGAAGAAACUAAAUUACUUGGGGGAAGGGGGGGCGGUCUGAGAUAGCAAUUGUAAUACACCCUAGUUACGCAGACACAACAAAAUGUACUUUUUGAUUUCUUAUGUAGUUGUACUCAGAAAUGCAUGCAAUAUAUUUUGUUGUUGUUAAUGUCACUUUAUUAAAACCUGUGCAAAGAAAAUAAACCAGAAGCUGUUCAACUUUUAUUCCAAUGCAAAAGCUGUGUGUGACGAAUAAAUGCAAAAACUGAAUUCGUAUCUGUUCGUAAUAAAAGGUGGUUAACGGUGAGGCAGGUUUUUUUCAAGGUUUUCCCCCUGCCUCGGGAGGAGGGGGAUGGGGGGGGGGCGACAACAUUUUUUUUUUUCAAUAGCAGGACUGGAGGAAAUUUGUUAAGUUCUCCUUUUUGACAAAAGGUUGAUUUGUCAUAGUGGUGUCUUUCCCCACCUUACACGUCUAGGACCCUGAUUCGAAUCCAGCCGGGAUGAGAUAUGUAGAUUAGGUUUUCAGUCCCUGCCUGACUGUGUGGGUUUUUCCCUGGAAUAAUUCUCUGGGGUUUUCCUCCCACAUCUAAAACCGUAACUUCCUUCCUUGUCUUCUCUCCAUUGGGUUAUUGGCUAGUAUUAGCGGUCAAGCUCGCUUUCCUGAGAAUCAUUGCCUUCAUAACCAGAAUUAAUAAAUGAAAUGUGUGCAUUCAAAAGUCUCCUCUUCUUUUGGAGACAAAGUCGCGUACUUUAAAGGCAGUGUACACUAUUGGUAAUUACUCAAAAUAAUUAUUAUCAUAAAACUUUACUUGUU